CCCAGCACGCGCAGCCUGCCGCGAGUCCCUGACGUCCCCUCCGGCGCGCCCUUGGAGCCACUUCCCCGAGCGGAAGUCAGCCUGCGGCUCGGGCCCUGGUGGUGGGACCUGCUCGGAGGAAUGGCGUCGCCGGGUUCAAGCACUGUCUUCCUGUUGGCCCUGACAAUCAUAGCCAGCACCCAGGCUCUGACGCCCACUCACUACCUCACCAAGGCAGAUGUGGAGAGACUGAAAGCCUCACUGGAUCGCCCUUUCACAAGUUUGGAAUCUGCUUUCUACUCUAUCGUGGGACUCAGCAGCCUAGGUGCCCAGGUGCCAGAUGUAAAGAAAGCGUGCACCUUCAUUAAGUCAAACCUUGAUCCAGGCAAUGUGGAUUCCCUUUUCUAUGCUGCCCAGUCCAGCCAGGCCCUCUCGGGGUGCGUGAUCUCUAUUUCAAAUGAGACCAAAGAUCUGCUCCUGGCAGCUGUCAGCGAAGACUCAUCUGUUACCCAAAUCUACCAUGCUGUGGCCGCCCUCAGCGGCUUUGGCCUUCCCUUGGCUUCCCAAGAAGCACUCAGCGCCCUUACCGCUCGCCUCAGCAAGGAGGAGACCGUGUUAGCAACAGUCCAGGCUCUGCAGACGGCAUCCCACCUGUCCCAGCAUGCUGACUUGAGGAGCAUCGUGGAGGAGAUUGAGGAUCUUGUUGCUCGCCUUGAUGAACUGGGAGGUGUGUAUCUCCAGUUUGAAGAAGGACUGGAAACCACAGCCUUAUUUGUGGCUGCCACCUACAAGCUCAUGGACCACGUGGGCACGGAGCCAUCCAUUAAGGAGGAUCAGGUCAUCCAACUCAUGAAUGCCAUCUUCAGCAAGAAGAACUUUGAGUCACUCUCAGAAGCAUUCAGCGUGGCCUCUGCUGCCUCUGCGCUCUCUCAGAACCGCUAUCACGUGCCAGUUGUAGUUGUGCCCGAGGGCUCUCCUUCCGACACUUACGAGCAGGCUAUCCUUCGGUUGCAGGUCACCAAUGUUUUGUCUCAGCCUCUGACUCAGGCCACUGUUAAACUAGAACAUGCUAAAUCUGUUGCUUCCAGAGCCACUGUCCUCCAGAAGACAUCUUUUACCCCUGUCGGGGAUGUUUUUGAACUAAACUUCGUGAAUGUCAAAUUUUCCAGUGGUUAUUAUGACUUCUCUGUCAAAGUUGAAGGUGACAACCGUUAUAUUGCAAAUAGUGUCGAGCUCCGAGUCAAGAUCUCCACUGAAGUUGGCAUCACGAAUGUUGAUCUCUCCACCGUAGACAAGGAUCAGAGCAUUGCACCCAAAACCACCCGGGUGACCUAUCCAGCGAAAGCCAAGGGCACAUUCAUCGCAGACAGCCACCAGAACUUCGCUUUGUUCUUCCAGCUGGUAGAUGUGAACACCGGUGCUGAACUCACCCCUCACCAGACAUUUGUCCGACUCCAUAACCAGAAGACUGGCCAAGAAGUUGUGUUUGUUGCUGAGCCAGACAGCAAGAAUGUCUACAAGUUUGAACUGGAUACCUCUGAGAGAAAGAUUGAAUUUGACUCUGCGUCCGGCACCUACACUCUCUAUCUGAUCAUCGGAGAUGCCACUUUGAAGAACCCAAUCCUUUGGAAUGUGGCUGACGUGGUCAUCAAGUUCCCUGAAGAAGAUGCUCCAUCGACUGUCCUGUCCAAGAACCUUUUCACCCCCAAACAGGAAAUUCAGCACCUGUUCCGAGAGCCUGAGAAGAGGCCCCCCACGGUGGUGUCCAAUACAUUCACUGCCCUGAUCCUCUCGCCCUUGCUCCUGCUCUUUGCUCUGUGGAUCCGGAUUGGUGCCAAUGUCUCCAACUUCACUUUUGCUCCAAGCACAAUCAUCUUUCACCUGGGACAUGCUGCGAUGCUGGGGCUCAUGUAUGUCUAUUGGACUCAGCUCAACAUGUUCCAGACCCUGAAGUACCUGGCCAUCUUGGGCAGUGUGACGUUUCUGGCUGGCAAUCGGAUGCUGGCCCAGCAGGCAAUCAAGAGGAUCGCUGCAGAGCAGAGCAGUAGAUUGGCAAAAUAUAGGACACUACGAACAGCACACUAGUGCCAGAAAAAGGAAGAAAGUGCUGAAAGCCGAAAUGAAUAUCAAGAAAAGGAGUCAAGAACAAUUCACAGUUUGUAAAGAGGAAUGAAGAAACUUUAUUUAAACAGGAAAAGGUCGAAAUUGUGGUUAUACUUUGGCUUGUUGUUUUUCUCUUCCCCCAACAUGGAGUGGAUACCUGUGAGCCCCGAUACUCCGAUUCCUCGGCAUGGUGCCCUCGCCAGAUGCUGUGAAUAAUCCUAACUUAGCCGCCAGGUGUUGCAUUUGAAAAGUUGAAAUUUGUAAUUAAUCUGUUUUGGAAUAAAGAGAAUAACAGGAA